CCCAUCGUGCUUGACAGGUCGCCUUGUCUACGACUGCCCACAUUUCUUAAUCCGCUUUACCAGUCCCAGCAUUCCGCUCUGUUUUCUUAACUCUCCAUCACAUCUCUCAAGUCCCAGAAACAACCAAUUGGAUCAGGGAAUGCGGCACAAGGUCGGCCAAUCGCCCAGUCAGAGAGGCGGGAGAGGGCGUGACCAUAUUCUGCUCCGCCCUUGCCCCGUGGCAGAUUACCCUGGGCAGUCGCCUCGAGCUGCACGGGAAAGCAUGGGGACUACCUGGGCGAGCCCUGGAUGGGCGCGGCUUGCGCUCUGCCUCGCGGGUUUCGGACUGUCUCUCUACGCGCUUCACGUGAAGGCGGCGCAUGCCCGGGAUAAGGAUUACCGCGCGCUCUGCGACGUGGGCACCGCCAUCAGCUGUUCGCGUGUCUUCUCCUCCAGGUGGGGUCGGGGCUUUGGGCUGGUGGAGCACGUGCUGGGCCCUGACAGUGUCCUCAAUCAGUCCAACAGCAUAUUUGGUUGCAUCUUCUACACACUACAGCUGUUCCUAGGUGAGUGGCCAUCCAGGCCCCGCCCCUUCCCUGCAGGCCCCGCCCUUCAUGACAGCCCAUGCCUGACCCUUCUCUGCCUUGCAGGCUGCCUACGGGGACGCUGGACCUCCAUCCUGCUGGUGCUGAGUUCCCUGUUGUCUCUCGCUGGUUCUGUCUACCUGGCCUGGAUCCUGUUCUUCGUGCUGUAUGAUUUCUGCAUCGUUUGUAUCACCACCUAUGCCAUCAAUGUGGGCUUGACAGUGCUCAGCUUCCGAGGGGCCCAGGGACCCAAGGGCAAGGCCAAGGGGCACUGAGUUCCCCCCUGAGGCCAGGCUGAACUCAUCUGCUCUGCUUUGGCCCAUGAACCUUGCCCAAAAAGGCCAUAUCUGGGUCCCUAGAAAGACCUGCAACCUGCUGCCACCAUAUCUCCCCACAGACAAUGGACCAAAUGUGCCACCCUCCUUCCUCCGCCUUAGUGCUCCUAGCCCUCUCCUCCAGGGCUGGUUUCCUAAUUUCUCCCAUUGCCUAAGGAGGGGAGGUUCUGAGCAAUAAAAUUUCUUAAAUAAAUUGGCCGAGUC